GUUGACAUGUGACAUUUUAAGUAUAAAAUUGUCAACCAAAUUUGUUAUGAUUUGAAUUUUACUCCGUGUAAUAAUUAAUUCAUAUAAAAUGUUCAUAAAUUACUUAGAUUAAAUGUUACAUCUCAUUUUAAUAAAUAUGUAAGCUUAUUGUUCAGUUAUGGAGUCUGAUAGAAUUUUAGUAGCUGCUGGUUUAACAGCAGCUGCAGUCGUUGGAGCAUUCAUAUUUUGGGGGCCUUCCCCGAGUUCUGGAAGUGGUAGAGGUAGAUUAGCGGGCUUAGUGAACCUCGGUAAAACUUGUUUUUUGAAUGCUGUACUUCACGCUUUAGCAGCUUGUCCAAGUUUCAUUACUUGGCUAGAAAAAGACAAAUUUGUGAAAGAAACAAGCCUUCGUAGUACUUUGGCCACCGUGUUAUCAGUUGUUAAUGGUACCAAUAAAUCUGUCCAGGAAACUUAUGCUCCUGCUGCAGUUAUAAAUGCUUUAAAACGACUAGGUUGGGUGAUACCUGCUGGUGAGCAAGAUGCACACGAAUUGUUGAAUGUAAUUUUGACUACUCUAGAUGAAGAAACUCAGAAAAUUGAAAGGAAGGCUGGCUGUUUGUCUGAUGCAUUGGGCAUGAAUGAAUUACAAAAUGAAGAUUGUCCUGCAGAGCUAGAAACUUUUGAUUCUUUAGGUAGUGUUAUGUCAUUGAAUGAAUUAUGUAGACCUAUGAGUGCUGGUUGGCGCGGAGGAGCUAUUCGAAGAAACAGGUGGAUUUCCAGGUCUUGUAGAGCUCUUCAGAUGACCGGACCUCCACAACAACCAGUUAGUCAUCCAUUCACUGGGACCCUGACAAGCCAGUUGAGAUGCACUGACUGUGGUUAUAAGUCUGCAGUUCGUUACGAUAAAUUUGAAAGUUUAUCUUUGGCUUUGCCAUCAUGUGCCGGGGAUCUUGGAUGGGGUAGGCACAAAUUACAUCAGCUGCUUACCAAUUUUGUUACUCCCGAGGUUGUCAAUGACGUACACUGUGAGGGUUGCAAUCGUGAUAGAGAUCCAGCGCGUCCACCGAUCCUAUCGAAACAAGUAAAAAUUCUCAAUUUUGGAAAGUUACCUGUUUGCCUUUGUAUCCAUAUUUCAAGAAAUACAUGGCAGAGUAGUGGUGUAUCGAAACGACAGGAUUAUGUACAGUUUCCUAUGAGGCUGUCAAUGUCUGCGUAUACCUUCAUUCAAGCCCAUUAUCAAAGGAAAGUAACAAAUUCUGCUUAUACAAGUACUAGCGAAGGCGGAAGUCCCCUUUCAAGUAGUACGCCGUUGUGUUGGACGGGAAGUUCUCUAAGCGAUAUGGCAAACGAAUUUAGAAACGUGUAUCAAUUAGCCGCCGUUGUUGUACAUACAGGUAAUGCUCAUUCGGGACAUUUUAUAACAUACAGAAGAGGAUGUCAAAAUAGCAGGUGGUAUUAUACUUCAGACGUUGAAAUUAGAGAAGUAUCAGUCGAUGAGGUACUACAAAGUACAGCUUAUAUGCUUUUUUAUGAAAAGAGCUCUACGAUGGCUGGGAUAUUUUGAAACGAAACCAAAAAAAAAUUCCUUGUGAUGUGUUUAUUUGGGAUGUAACAAAAUAUUUUUUUAUUUAUAGUGCGUAUCAUUCCUUAAAUAGAAUAUUAUUUUUUUAUCGAAUUUCACCUUUUCAAAGACUAUUAGCACACAAUUUCAUUGAACUGUUAAAUAAGUUACAACUAAAAUAAAAUUCCAAAAAGGCUAUAAACUUAUAUAUUACUCAAUGUGUUGAUUAUAUCAAAAAUUUAAUACUCAAUUAUAAAAUGUUACAGCAAUAAAA